UUACAGCGGAGGAAUGGCUGCGUUUCUGCAGUGGCGACGGUUCGUGUUUUUCGACAAAGAGACGGUGAAGGAUCCCGCGGAAAAUGGGAAAAACUUCGUCCUCCCCAUCGGCGUGUCUGCCUGCGACUCUGGGCGAGGGCAUAUUGUGCUGGGGGAUAUGGAGGGUCAGAUCUGGUUUCUGACACGCUCCCUGCAGCUGACAUCCUUCCAGGCAUACAAACUGCGUGUCACUCACUUGUACCAGCUGAAACAGCAUAGCAUCCUGGUAUCGGUGGGUCAAGAUGAGCAGGGAAUUAACCCUCUGGUCAAGGUAUGGAAUCUGGACAAGCGGGACAGUGGGAGUCCUCUCUGCACGCGCAUCUUUCCAGCUAUACCUGGGAACAAACCCACUGAAGUGUCCUGUCUUAGUGUGCAUGAGAACCUCAACUUCAUGGCUAUCGGAUUUACAGAUGGCAGUGUUGUGCUGACCAAGGGAGACAUCACCAGAGACCGACACAGUAAAACACUCACUCUGCACGAGGGCACCUCACCAAUUACAGGGCUGGCAUUUCGCCAGGCCGGAAAAGUUACCCAUUUGUUUGUCGCCGCUCUGGAGAAAGUGCUGUGCUACACUCUGUCAGUAAAGGAGUACCCUCGAUUGGACCUGGACACGCAUGGCUGUGCACUGAACUGCUCAGCCCUAACUGAUCCCUCCCAGGAUUCCCAGUUCAUAGUGGCGGGUGAUGACUGCGUGUACCUGUACCAGCCGGAUGAGCGUGGGCCCUGCUUUGCUUUUGAUGGUCACAAGCUGCUGGCACAUUGGCACCGUGGCUACCUUUUGCUGCUCACACGGGACAAUAAGUCACCAAACAAGUCUGAGUUUGGGAGCCGCGAGACUUCUCCGACAGAGAAGCAGGUCCUCACCGUAUAUGACCUGGACAACAAGUUCAUUGCCUACAGCGCCUCUUUUGAUGGUGUCAUCGAUGUGCUAGCGGAGUGGGGCUCGUUCUAUGUCUUAACACAUGACAGCAAAAUGUACGUGCUGCAGGAGAAAGACACCCAGACAAAACUGGAGAUGCUGUUCAAGAAAAACCUCUUUGUGAUGGCCAUAAAUUUAGCCAAAAGUCAGCAUCUAGACAGUGAUGGGCUGUCUGAAAUCUUCCGUCAGUAUGGAGACCAUCUGUACAUCAAGGGGGAUCAUGACGGAGCCAUCCAGCAGUACAUUCGCACCAUAGGGAAGCUGGAGCCCUCCUACGUGAUCCGUAAAUUCCUGGAUGCACAGCGGAUCCAUAAUUUGACAGCCUACCUGCAGGCGCUACACAGGCAGUCGCUGGCUAACGCUGACCACACCACCCUGCUUCUUAACUGCUACACCAAGUUGAAGGACAGCUCGAAGUUGGAGGAGUUCAUUAAGAGCAGCGAAAGUGAAGUUCAUUUCGACGUAGAGAUUGCCAUCAAGGUGCUUCGGCAGGCAGGCUAUCACAGCCACGCGGUUUUCCUGGCCGAGAGACACGCACACCACGAGUGGUACCUCAAGAUACAGCUGGAAGACCUGAAGAACUACCAGGAGGCUCUGCGGUACAUUGGCAGGCUGCCCUUCGAACAGGCAGAGAGCAACAUGAAGCGCUAUGGUAAAACUCUAAUGCACCACGUCCCUGAGGGAACAACGCUUCUCUUGAAGCGGCUGUGCACAGACUACCAGCCCAGCCGAGACUCGGCUGACAGAGACAGCUUGGACCGGAUGCCUGGGAAUAAGGCCAGCUCAGAGGAGUUCAUCCCCAUCUUUGCCAACAAUCCCCAUGAGCUGCGUGAAUUCCUGGAGCACAUGAUAGAAGUGGAGCCACGGUCCUCGCAGGGGGUAUACGACACGUUGCUAGAACUUCGACUGCAGGACUGGGCACAUGAGCAGGACCCAGAGAACAAGAAGAUCCUCCAAGAGGCAGCGCUCUCCUUGCUGAAGAGCGACAACACGGUUUUUGACAAGGCUCUUGUCUUGUGUCAGAUGCAUAGCUUCAAGGAGGGCGUGCUGUACCUCUACGAGAAGGGCAAACUGUAUCAGCAGAUAAUGCACUACCAUAUGCAGAACGAAGAGUAUGGGAAGGUAGUGGAGGCCUGUAAGCGCUACGGAGAACAGGAAGUUUGUCUCUGGGAACAGGCCCUAGGCUACUUCGCGCGCAAAGAGGAGGACUGCAAGACGUACAUCAGUGAGGUGCUGCAACAUAUUGAACAGAACAAUCUGAUGCCCCCCCUUCUAGUUGUGCAGACUUUGGCCCACAAUUCCACAGCCACACUGUCAGUAAUCAAGGACUACCUCAUAAACAAGCUGCAGCGGGAGAGCCAGCAGAUAGAGGAUGAUGAGCGCAAAAUCCGUCAGUACCGGGAGGAGACCGCUCACCUCCGUGCUGAAAUCCAGGAGCUCCGGACCAGUGCAAAGAUUUUCCAGAAGACCAAGUGCAGCAUGUGCAACAGCCCACUGGAGCUACCAUCUGUGCACUUUCUGUGCGGCCACUCCUUCCACCAGCACUGCUUCGAGAGUUACGCCGAGAGUGAGGCCGAGUGCCCUACCUGCACGCCCGGGAACCGCAAGGUCAUGGACAUGCUGAGAGCCCAGGAUCAGAAGAGAGACCUGCAUGAUCAUUUUACCAGACAGCUGAGGUGCUCCAAUGACGGAUUUUCUGUUGUGGCCGAUUACUUCGGUAGAGGGGUGUUCAACAAACUGACCCUGAUCACAGACACUCCAGGCGGAAAGGCGGGCACAGGGAGUCUGGAAGCAGACUUGCAGAGAGACCUACUCAUGCACACUAAGAGAAAUGCCUAAGGUGCAAUGAGGGCCCUUUGGUUCUCUCCAGCCUUGAUUCUGUUGCACUUGCAGUGGACAUCUACAUCUGGGUGUCACCUUGCCUUUGUUAAAAGCAAACCUGCUACCUUGUAUGUACGCUAAAGAAAUGUUGACGGUGUCUUUUGGUUAUUAAACAAUAGCUGAGGAAGAGGAAGGCAGAUUCGGAAAGCAGGUUUGUGGUUUGUUUUACAAGCAUCUUCACAUCUCCUUGCAGCCAGUUUCAGUGCAAGACAGGAACUGGUAGGUGGUGUUAAAGCACAGAAAAUAUACAGUAUUGUGUGCAGUGUGUAAAAUGAAUUCAUUUUCAGCCUUUUAAGUCCUAAAGCAAGACUGUCUUACGAAUAAUAUGUUAACUAGCAUAGUUUUCUGUCGUGAAGGAAUGUGAAGUCCCUAGAUAUGGCUUUACCAGUAGCACUGACUGUAAUAUGAGGGGAAAAAAAAGAUGUCCUUGCCUUAAAAACAAUCUGCAUAAGUAAUUAGACAGCAUGCUUUUGAAGAAAGAACUGUAGCAUGCAAUUUGUAUGAAGUAUAAUUCAAUAAACUGGAAAGACUAACUCGGAUUGAAUGUUUAAAUGUAUUUUGGGGGGGAAAUACUACUUAACUCCUAAUUUAAGUAAAUACCGUAAAUUUGAAGUGUUUCUGUUCUGAGAUUGUUUUCAGACACUGUAAAUACAGUAUUAAAUUAGUGACAUUAAAAUUUGAACUAAUAGGUCUGAAAAUAAAAAUACAUUGUCCACAGAUUCCUAUUCGGUCCCAGUUUUUUUACAGGUUGUUCACAUCAACAUUUCCAACAUUCAUCUCAUUACUGAUCUGUGGUCACACUUGGUCAGCAGUAAAACACACCAAAACAGAAUAACUGCUGGAAAUUUAGAUUGCAUCUAAACCACCAAAGACCAUAUAUAUAUAUAUAUAUAAA